AUGGCGUGCGUGACGUUUAAACGGCGGUGUGGGGCGCGGGAGUACGCGCGGAGCGGGUCCGUGGGGGAGAGAAGGGCGGGGAGGAGUGGGUUGUUGGACGCGGCGAUGAGCGCGCGGGAGGCGUCGACGCGAAACGCGCUGUUGGACGUCAUCGCGAAGAUCGCUCGGUGGUGCGUGCCGACGAACGAGUGGCCGGAGUUGUUGGAGUUCAUGGGACAGUGCGCGAACUCGCCGGAGACGGCGCACCGGGCGUUGGCGUUUCGGUUGUUUGAGAGUUUGACGGAGACCAUCGCGAGCGCGCUGAGCGAACACUUUGGCACGCUCGCGGGGUUGUUCGCGAACGCUUUGAGGGACGAGUGCGAUGAGGUUCGAACGAGUGCUUUACGAGCGGUCGGUGCGCUCGUGGCGAACUCGUCGGGGGAGCCAGAACAGGUGAACGCGAUCAAGGCGCUCGUCCCGCACGUCCUCGACGCGGCCAAGACGGCGGUGUUAAACGGGGAUGAAGACAGCGCAUCGAUCGUGUUCGAGGUUCUGGAUGAGCUCACGGAGAGUCGAACGAACGCGUUGGGAGGUCACGUGCCGGCCGUGGUGCAGUUUUGUAUUCAGGUGGCCACGGCGGAGAGAGAACUGGGCACGCACGCGCGCCGACGCGCGCUCGACGUUCUGUCCUUCAUGGCUCGUCACAAACCGAAGGCUUUGAUCAAGUCAAAGUUGAUCGAACCCAUGCUUCAAGUCCUCUGUCCGUUAUGCGGGGAGCCAAAGGAGGCGGAACUCGCGGGGGAGGAUGAUUUCGAGGAGGAAGAGGAGCAAGAGAUGCAGAUUCAGACGUACGCGAGUCAGCUCGUGGACGUCUUAGCGCUCAAAGUGCCGGCCAAGUACGUAUUGCCGACUGUUCUCGCGUUCGCCGCUGGUCAUAUCAAUGAUACAGCGAACGAGCGUCAACGUCACGCCGCGGUAGCCGUGCUCGGCGUCGUUACCGAGGGCUGCUCGGAGGGCGUGCGACAGCACGCAAACACCAUCGUGCCGAGCGUCGUCGCGCGUCUGAGCGAUCCCAGCGCAAACGUGCGAGGCGCCGCGGCAUUUACCCUCGGGCAAUUUGCCGAACACCUCGCUCUGUCGAUAGACGAUCCGGACAUGCAUAAGCAAGUGUUACCGAGUCUGUUCAACGCUCUCCCCGGUGAGCAGGUGAAGAGCGUGCAGGAACGGAUGAUGUACGCCAUGGACUCGUGGUUGGAGGAGGUUCACGACGAGGUCGGGGUGUACGUCAAACCUCUGCUAGAUAUCGUGUUCAUGGCCAUCGAUAACGGCGCCAAGCAACACGUGCGCGAGAUGUUGCUCUCGGCGCUCGCCUCGGCGACUGCUUCGAGCGGCGACAAGGUGCACCCGUACCUGACCGAGCUCUUACCCAGACUCGACGUCUGCCUCAAGCUGACGGCGGAUGAGGAUUUGAACAUUCGCGCGCGCGCGUUGGAGGUGCUUGGUAUGCUCAUCUCUGCGGAGGGUGGGAAAGAGGCCAUGGGUCCGCAUGUGGACAGCGCCAUGCAAGCCGGUCUCGCCGGUUUCGAGCUGGAUUUCGCGGAACUGAGAGAGUACGCGCACGGCCUGUUCGGCGAAGUCGCGGAGGGGUUGAAGGAAGACUUUGCACCGUAUCUCGCCGUGUGCGUGGGUAAGGCGUUCGAGUCGCUCGAGCUGGAUGACGGGAUCAUGUUCGACAGCGAGGACGAGGCGGACCGAAACGAACUCGAUUCGGACGAGGAGGAGGAGGAUAUGUCAAGAAAGCCCUCGGGUUACUCCAUCCGUUCGGGCGUGAUGGAAGAAAAGUCAUCUGCGUGUAAAGCGCUGAACUGCUACGCGUCCCACUGUCCGCGGGCGUUCGCUCCGUACAUCGCUAAGGCGUCAGCUCUUCUCACGGAUGUCACGGAUUACAUGCACGAGAUGGUGCGUGUGCAGGCGCACUUGGCGCUCGCGCAGACGGCACUCGCGGCUGUAGCUCUCGAUCCGGCGGGUGCGAAAGACAUCAUCGACGAGUCUCUACGCGCUUCGAUUCGUGCGGUAUUAGAGGACGAAGAUCGAGAUGCCGUGGCGGCGAGCGUGGAAGCGGCGGCGUGGCUGAUCAAAAUUCUCAAGGAUCAUCCGAGUUUGGACGUCUCGCAGCACGUCGUCGAUCUCACGGCGGCGAGCUUAGAAAUAUUGGAGGGCAGAGCGCUGUGCCAAGUGGAGGAUGGAUACGACAGCGAAGAGGGCGAUGAAGAGGUCGACGAGGACGAAGACGAAGAUACGGAGUCAGGAUUGGUCGUCAUUGAGGCCAUCGCGGAACUCUUACCCGCUCUGGCCGUGUACAUGGGAGCCGCGUUCGCGACGCACUUCGUUCCGCAUUUCAAUGCGUUGAUGAAACGCACGGGGGAAAACAACACCGAGACCGAGCGAUCGCUCUGUUAUGCGACGCUCGUGGAGGUGGUACGCGCCGUAGGCGCUCCGGCUGCGGGAUGCGCCGGCGUCGCUCUUCCCAGAUGCUUGCGAGAUUGCAAGAGCGCGGAUGUGGGUUUGCGCAGAAACAGUGUGUACUGCACAGGCGUGCUGCUUCAGCUCGGCGCCGAGCACGGCGCGCCGUUCCACGUCACCGCGGCGCAGACGCUCGCGCCGCUGACGCGCGAGGGUGACGAAUCCGACGGGGGCGUCCGCGAUAACGCGGUCGGCGCUAUCGCACGCUUACUCCAGGUAAUCGACGGUCCCGCGCGCGAUCACGCAUCGGAGCUAUUAAAUGUCGUCCUCGGCGCGCUUCCGCUUCGUCACGACCUUGAGGAGGGUCCCGACGUGUACCACUGGCUCGCGUCCACGUUGGGAGAAAAUCCGUCGUCGCUUGAGGGAGAUGUGGCGUCGCGCGUCGUUCGCGCGUUCGCGGACGUAGUCGCGGAGGAACUCGCACCGAGUGACACGCUUCGAAUCAUAGCCAUCGCCCUGUCGCAAGGCGCGUCCAAGGACGAGCGCGUGCGCGGCGCGCUCGCGGAGGUAUCGCCGGAUCGAGCAGCGGCGAUUCGACGCGCCGGAUCGGCGCUCUAG